UUAAAAUGCAUGAAAUAUUGAAGCUUUUGGAUCAAUUGCAUUUUUGGUUAAUACUUUGAUUUUUGGAUGCUACUCUAGAUAACAUUGGGACAUGGUAUCAACCCACACCCUUCCUCUACUCAACCGACUCUCAGUCACCUCAUGGAAUUACUGCAUAAGGCAAGCAGUCAACAAUGGCGAUUUUCACAAAGCGCUUAUUCUCUUUGCCCAAUUGAAACAACACUCUCAUUUACAUCCCAACAAUUUAACUUAUCCUUUUGUUGCAAAAGCAUGUGCGAAGCUAUCAGACCUCAAACUGUCGACAAUGAUUCAUGCUCACGUUGUGAAAACGCCCUACUGUUGGGAUGUGUAUGUGCAUACUGCAUUAGUGGACAUGUAUGUGAAAUGUGGUAGUUUGGGUUGUGCGCAGGGCGUGUUCGACGAAAUGCCUGUGUGUGAUGUAGCUUCUUGGAAUGCGUUGGUUGUGGGUUUCGCUCGAGCAGGCAUCUUUCAUAGGGUUUCUUUGCUGUUCAGUAGAAUGAGGGCUGCCGGCGUUAUGCCAGAUGCAGUUACUCUGAUGGGAUUGACUCAUUUGAUUUCUGGAUUGAAGGAUUCAAUGUUAUUGAAUGGUGUUCAUUGCUUUGGGAUGAAAUGUGGGGUUGACAAGGAUGUCUUGGUCGCCAACACUUUGAUAGCUGGCUAUGCGAAGUGCCACGAGAUGCUCUUGGCUGAGAAGGUGUUCCUUGGCAUUGCUUCUGAUUGUUUGAGUGUAGUUUCGUGGAAUGCUUUGAUUGCUGGAUUUGCUUAUUUUGAAGAGUGGGAGAAGGCGAUUGAGGUAUACAUCAGGAUGCUUCGUGAUGAAUACAAGCCUGAUGCAAGCACGGUUCUUAAUUUGCUUUCAUCCAUGGCUCAGCAGUCGGAUUCUUUACUCUGUGGGAUGCUUGUUCACGCUCAUGGAGUGAAAAUUGGGUGUUAUGCAGAUAUCACCGUGCUUAACACCCUUGUUUGCAUGUAUUCUAAGUGUGGUGCCAUUGAAUCCGCGAGGUAUGUAUUCGACUGCAUGAGUGUGAGAUCUUGCGUUACGUGGACUGUGAUGAUUGGCGCGUAUGCAGAUAAGGGUGAUUUGGAUGAGGCAUUAUCCCUCUUCCAUGAGAUGGAAGCUGCUGGCGAGAAGCCUGAUUCAGUCACAGUUUUCCAUCUCAUAGCAGCAUGUGGUAAAUCCGGAGGGCUUGAUGUUGGGAGAUGGAUCGAUGCUUACAGCUCUGCAAAGGGGCUAAAGAAGGAUUUGAUGGUGUGUAAUGCACUGAUAGACAUGUACUCGAAAUGUGGAAGCAUGGAACACGCUGAGAGCGUCUUUCUUGCAAUGGAUGAGAAGAAUGUUGUCUCCUGGACGGCUCUCAUAUCUGGAUUCGCACUUAAUGGGAGAUCCCGAGAGGCAUUGGAUCAUUUUGAUCGAAUGUUGGAGUCUGGUGAGAAGCCAAAUCAUGUAACUUUCCUUGCUGUUCUUCAAGCCUGCACUCAUGCUGGUUUGUUGGAGAAAGGGUGGCAGAUCUUUAACAUGAUGACUAGUGAGUACCAUUUGAAUCCCGGGUUGGAUCAUUAUGCGUGCGUGGCCGACCUCUUUGGGCGUCGGGGGAAGCUUAAAGAAGCAUUGCAUUUCAUCCAAGAGAUGCCUGUCACACCAGAUGCAGGGAUUUGGGGUGUUUUGCUUAGUUCUUGCAAGAUCCAUCGCGACUUAGAGAUUGCUGAGCAUGCAGCACGUCAUCUGUUUCGACUGGUGCCAGGGGCUGCAGCACCUUACGUUGAAAUGGCUAAUGUAUAUGCAUUGGCUAAUGAGUGGAGUGGGGUAGCUGCUAUGCGCAUGGAGAUGAAGGCCAAGCAAGUGGCCAAAAUCCCUGGCCAAAGUGUUGUACAUAUUGAUGGGAAAUGCUAUUCAUUUACAGUUGAGGAUCGGUGCCAUCCUAAUAACUGUAUGAUAUUUGAGACAUUGAAUUACUUAGUUUUACAGUUGAAAGAUGACAUGGACAUUUCUUCUUGUGAUGAAUCUUAGUCAUGACAUUUUCAUUUUUAAAUUUUUUUACUUUUCUCAAUAAAUACUUUAAUAUUCCACCUUA